AUGUGCCAGCCGCCACGCAAUGGCACCCCGCCCCGCCCCUUCGUCGGCCGUCGCAGCGUUGUGGGCGAGAGAGCAGUCCCUGCGCGGACGUCGACACGAAUCGGCGGUGGCGGCGGGCCCAACUUGAAGUUCUUGCGGUGGAGUGGAGUGGUGGGUGGCAUAAGUAUAUCAAGUUCUGGCCGCCCAGUCCAGCGUCCCCCCAGUCCAGCGUCCCCUUCUGCGGCCGGAAUCUUGGUCUUCGGGCGCUCCAUGGCCGGCCACGUCGCCCACCCUGCCCCCGAGCCCUCCUACCCGCACCGUACGUGCAGCCAGAGCUGGACUGCCGCCGCGCCCUCGCAUUCCCAGCCCAAGGACCCGUGGCGCAAACGCACGACCAUGUCGUCCCCGCUUUUGUCGGCCUUUUCUCUCCGCAGGCCCGGGCGCUCGCUGAAUCCGCAUGGCCAUGUCAUCACGACAACGGGCCCGGGAGCAGCCUGAGGGCAGCUCGCAGGCCCCACGACCCCCAACUUCCAAGCGCGAGGCCUAGGAGAGGCAGGCAUGGCAGAUGGAGCUCUGUGAUUUGUGCGUCUUUGCCAGUGGGCCCUCAUUGCGACCAGUCGUAGACUUACUUUGGCUCCAGGCCGGCUGGAAAGCGCCAGCGCCAUCGGCUAUUCUCGCGCAUCUUCACAAAAUGACCAUGCACGACCCCGCCAAAUGCCAUAUCCCCCCCCCCCAAACAUCCUCUCAUCUCUCCAAGUGCAAGCACCCGCUCCCGCUGCUCCGGCUUGUUUGCGGACUCAGACCCAGGUGCUCCGACGCUGUUGCGUCGUCGCCUCCUUCAAGUUCGGGUCACAAUCGUCACCGGCGGCCAGCGGCCGCCCACAUCCGCCUUGCAGCGCGGUACCGUACCGAAUCGUACGCUUUUACCGACCGUGUCUCAUGGACCUGGCGUACCACAUGCCAGUAGAGACUUCCAAUCCUUUUCGGGCGCUGCGAGGGAGUUGA